AUGGCCGACGCUGCACAGAAUGAAGCCAAUGGCUCAGCAUCCAUCAAUGGCGGCUUGAGCGCGCGGGCAGCGCAGUUGGCUCCCCACUUUAUCGGCGGUAACCAUCUCAACGUUGCUGCGCCGGGCAAGGUCAAGGACUUUGUCGCUGCAAAUGAUGGACACACGGUCAUUACCAAUGUUCUCAUUGCAAACAACGGUAUCGCCGCCGUCAAGGAGAUCCGUUCGGUGCGGAAGUGGGCAUACGAGACAUUUGGCGAUGAGCGGGCGAUUCAAUUCACCGUCAUGGCUACGCCCGAGGAUCUGCAGGCCAAUGCGGAGUACAUCCGCAUGGCAGAUCAAUAUGUCGAGGUACCCGGUGGCACCAAUAACAACAACUACGCCAAUGUCGAGCUCAUUGUCGAUGUGGCGGAACGCAUGAACGUCCACGCUGUGUGGGCAGGAUGGGGACAUGCCUCAGAAAACCCAAAACUCCCCGAAUCGCUCGCUGCCUCGCCCAAGAAGAUCGUCUUCAUUGGCCCCCCCGGCUCUGCUAUGCGGUCGCUCGGUGACAAGAUUUCCUCCACAAUCGUUGCACAACACGCACAAGUACCAUGCAUCCCGUGGUCGGGAUCAGGUGUAGAUGAGGUCCUGGUAGAUGACCAGGGCAUCGUCACGGUCGAGGACCACGUGUAUGAGAAGGGCUGCACCAAGUCAUGGGAAGAAGGUCUCGAGAAAGCCAAGGCCAUUGGGUUUCCCGUCAUGGUCAAGGCCUCUGAAGGCGGUGGUGGCAAGGGGAUCCGCAAGGUUGAGAGCGAGGACAACUUCGAGCAGCUGUACAAGGCCGCUGCUUCGGAGAUUCCUGGAUCGCCCAUCUUCAUCAUGAAGCUUGCAGGCAGCGCGCGCCAUCUGGAAGUCCAGUUGCUGGCUGACCAGUAUGGAAACAACAUCUCCCUGUUCGGACGUGACUGUUCGGUUCAGCGACGUCAUCAGAAGAUCAUUGAGGAAGCACCGGUAACAGUUGCUGGCUCAAAGACCUUCCAGGAGAUGGAGAAGGCCGCUGUUUCCCUGGGCAGGCUAGUCGGCUACGUCUCAGCUGGUACCGUUGAAUACCUCUACUCGCACUCUGACGACAAGUUUUACUUCCUCGAAUUGAACCCUCGUCUGCAGGUCGAGCAUCCCACCACCGAGAUGGUAACGGGCGUGAACCUCCCAGCCGCCCAACUCCAGAUUGCAAUGGGCCUGCCCCUGCACCGAAUUCGCGACAUUCGAUUGUUGUACGGUGCCGACCCCCACACCAGCUCUCCCAUCGACUUCGACUUCUCCAACGAGGGCAGCGGUCAGACUCAGCGACGACCCACCCCCAAAGGUCAUUGCACGGCGUGCCGUAUCACAUCUGAAGAUCCCGAUGAGGGUUUCAAGCCCUCCGGUGGUACAAUCCAUGACCUGAACUUCAGGAGUAGCUCCAACGUUUGGGGUUAUUUCUCAGUUAGCUCCUCUGGUGGUAUCCACAGUUUCUCCGAUUCGCAAUUCGGCCACAUCUUCGCGUAUGGCGAGAACCGACAGGCAUCGCGGAAACACAUGGUUGUCGCGCUCAAGGAACUGAGCAUUCGUGGUGAUUUCCGGACCACGGUUGAGUAUCUCAUCAAGCUGCUCGAAACACCCGCGUUUGAAGACAACACCAUCACCACCGGCUGGCUCGACGAGCUCAUCUCGAAGAAGCUGACUGCAGAGCGACCAGAUCCUAUGAUUGCAGUCAUCUGCGGAGCUGUCACAAAAGCACACGUGGCGAGUGAGGCAUGCUUCAGCGAGUACAAGACCAGCUUGGAAAAGGGUCAAGUGCCUUCCAAGGAUGUCCUCAAGACUGUCUUCCCGAUUGAUUUCAUCUACGAAGGCUUCCGGUACAAGUUCACAGCGACUCGGUCGACCAUCGACAGCUUCACCCUGUUUAUUAACGGGUCGAAGUGCUCGGUCGGUGUUAGGGCUCUUGCUGAUGGUGGUCUCCUCAUCCUUCUUAACGGAAAGUCACACAAUGUCUACUGGAAGGAAGAGGUUGGCGCUACUCGUCUGUCUGUAGAUGGCAAGACUUGCUUGCUUGAACAGGAGAACGACCCUACCCAGCUACGUACACCGUCUCCCGGUAAGCUCGUCAAGUUCCUCGUCGAGAAUGGUAGCCACGUUGGCAAGGGCCAGCCCUUUGCUGAGGUUGAAGUCAUGAAGAUGUAUAUGCCUUUGAUCGCCUCCGAAGCAGGAAUGGUCAAUCUCAUCAAGCAGCCGGGUGCCGUCCUAGAGGCCGGUGAUAUUCUUGGUGUCCUUGCUCUGGACGACCCAUCCAAGGUCAAGUCCGCUCAAAACUUCCUCGGCCUCCUCCCCGACCUAGGCUCACCACAAGUCAUGGGAGCCAAGCCUCCUCAGCGCUUCGUCUACCUUGUUCACAUCCUUCGGAAUAUUCUUCAGGGGUACGACAAUCAAGUCAUUAUGCAGAGCACACUCAAGGAAUUAGUCGACGUGCUUCGGGACCCAGAACUACCCUAUGGCGAGUGGAAUGCUCAGGCUUCCGCUCUACACGCCCGCAUGCCACAAAAGCUUGACACGAUGCUCUCCCAGAUUGUGGACAAGGCCCACAGUCGUGGCCUGGAGUUCCCCAGCAAGGCACUUAACAAGACAUUCCAAAAGUUCCUUGAUGAGAAUGUUCCCAAGGGCGACGCUGCGCUCUUGACAUCUGCUCUGGCACCAUUGAAUGAUGUCAUUGUCCGUUAUGCGGAAGGCCUAAAGGCUCAUGAAUACAGUGUCAUGACGAGUUUCUUGGAGCAGUAUUGGUCUGUGGAGUCGCUUUUCUCAUCGCGUGCAUCUCGCGACGAGGAAGUCAUUCUCAAGCUUCGUGACGCGAACCGUGAUGAUAUCGCGAGCGUCGUCCACACUGUUCUCUCGCAUGCACGGGUCAGCGCGAAGAACAACCUCAUAAUUGCCAUUUUGGACCUAUACCGCCCCAACAGACCCGGUGUUGGAAACAUCGCAAAGUACUUCAAGAGUUCGCUGAAGAAGCUUACCGAACUCGAAUCCAAGCAGACGGCCAAGGUCUCACUCAAGGCACGUGAAGUCCUCAUCCAGUGCGCUAUGCCCUCGCUGGAAGAGAGAACCGCGCAGAUGGAGCACAUUCUGCGAUCGGCUGUCGUGGAGUCGAAGUAUGGCGAGAGUGGAUGGGAACACCGGGAGCCCAACUUUGAGGUCAUCAAGGAAGUUGUCGACUCUCGCUACACCGUCUUUGAUGUCCUGACACAGUUCUUCGUUCACCCGGAUCCUUGGGUCUCUCUGGCUGCUCUUGAAGUGUACACUCGCCGAGCUUACCGCGCGUACCAACUCCAGAACAUCAAUUACCACAAUGAGGGUGAACAGUCCUGCUUCCUCUCCUGGGAAUUCAUUCUCCGCAAAGUUGGCGAAGCCGAAUACGGUCUUGCCGUGGAGCCAUCGGAGCCCGGGACGCCUAGUACACCUGGGUUUGAGCGUCCGCCUCGCAUCCAGUCAUUGAGCGAUAUGACGGCCUGGCAACAUCGACUGGAUGGAGAGCCCUCGAGAAAGGGUGUCGUUGUCCCGGUAGAAUACCUGGAUGAUGCCGACGAGCUCAUUAGCAGAGCACUCGACCUUUUCAAGAACGUUGGCACUUCCAAGAAGGGUGGUGCCAGCCUCCGAGAAGGAUUGACGUUGAAGCGCACUCCUACGUCUGGGCUGAUCGAUAUCAAGUCUUCCGACGAGCUUACAGGUGUUCUUAACAUUGCUGUCCGCGAUAUUGAAGGCUUUGACGACAAGGAGAUUUUAUCGCGCAUCCAGCCCAUUGUCGAGGACUACAAGGAGGAGCUCUUGUCGCGCCGUAUUCGCCGCAUCUCCUUUAUUUGUGGCCACAAGGAUGGCACGUACCCGGGAUACUACACCUUCCGCGGACCCAGAUAUGAGGAGGAUGACAGUAUCCGUCACGUUGAGCCCGCGCUUGCCUUCCAGCUCGAGCUUGGUAGACUUUCCAAAUUCAACAUCAAGCCAGUCUUCACCGAGAAUCGCAAUAUUCACAUUUACGAGGCCAUUGGCAAGGGUGCCGAGAGCGAUAAGCGCUACUUCCUCCGUGCUGUUGUGCGCUCCGGUCGUCUCCGCGAAGAAAUUCCUACAGCCGAGUACAUGGUUUCGGAGACUGACAGGCUGAUGACUGAUAUUUUGGAUGCGUUGGAAAUCGUUGGUACAUCCCAGGCUGACAUGAACCACAUCUUCAUCAACUUCUCGCAUGUCUUCCCGCUGAACCCAAGUGAGGUCGAAGAGGCUAUUGGAGGAUUCUUGGAGCGAUUCGGUCGGCGCCUCUGGCGUCUCCGCGUGACGGGCGCAGAAAUCCGUAUUAUUGUGACGGAUCCUGCUACUGGCAUCCCAUACCCUCUUCGUGUGAUCAUUACAAACACCUCUGGAUAUGUCAUCCAGGUCGAGAUGUAUGCUGAGAGGAAAACGGAGAACAACAACAGGUGGCUGUUCCAUAGCAUCGGUGGUACUACCAAGAUCGGUGCCCUCCACCUGCAGCCUGUGUCGACGCCAUACCCGACCAAGGGUGCGCUACAGCCCAAGAGAUACAAGGCCCACCUCAUGGGUACUCAGUACGUCUACGACUUCCCUGAGCUUUUCCGGCAAGCCGUCGAGAACAGCUGGGAUGUUGCUGUCGCAAAUGUUUCUAGUCUGCGGGACAAGCGACCUCCGAAGGGAGAAUGCACAGAGUACUAUGAGCUUGUUCUCGAUGACACUGAGAACUUGGUCGAACUCAACCGUGAGCCUGGGAACAACAGCAUCGGUAUGGUCGGUUGGAUGGUUACCGCCAAGACACCAGAGUAUCCUCUUGGCCGCCGCUUCAUCAUCAUCGCAAACGACAUCACGUACAAGAUUGGAUCUUUCGGUCCUCAAGAAGACAAGUUCUUCCACAAGUGUUCUGAGCUCGCCCGCAAGAAUGGCAUUCCCCGAAUCUACCUUUCUGCCAACUCUGGGGCGCGUAUUGGCCUUGCGGAAGAGCUUAUCCCCCACUUCUCUGUCGCCUGGAAAAACGUGGACAAACCAGAGGCUGGGUUCGAUUACCUCUACUUGACACCCGAGAAGUACAAUCACUUUGUGGACGGGAAGCGCAACGAUGUCAUAUGCGAAAAGAUUGAGGUCGAUGGCGAGACACGCUAUCAGAUCACGACCGUCAUUGGACAAGAGGAUGGUCUUGGUGUAGAGUCGCUGCGUGGCUCGGGUCUCAUCGCUGGUGAGACUUCGAGGGCUUACGAGGAUAUCUUUACCAUUACCCUGGUCACCUGUCGCUCAGUUGGUAUCGGAGCUUAUCUGGUCCGCCUUGGCCAGCGUGCCAUUCAAAUUGAGGGUCAGCCCAUUAUUCUCACGGGUGCCCAGGCCAUCAACAAGCUACUUGGACGCGAGGUCUACACAUCCAACUUGCAACUUGGUGGCACCCAGAUUAUGUACCGAAACGGUGUGUCGCACAUGACUGCCGAUGACGACUUCCAGGGUGUCUCCAAGAUCGUCAAGUGGCUGUCGUAUGUGCCCGACAUGAAGGGUGCACCCGUGCCCACUUCCCCCUCUUCGGACGAUUGGGAUCGUGAUGUUGCGGUUUACCCACCUGGCAAAGCUGCCUUUGACGUCCGGCAACUGAUCACCGGAAAGACGGACGAGGAUGGAUUCCAGCCCGGUCUGUUCGAUACUGGCUCAUUCGAAGAGUCUCUUGGUGGCUGGGCCAAGACUGUCGUUGUUGGUCGUGCUCGUCUUGGUGGAAUUCCCAUUGGUGUCAUUGCCGUCGAGACACGAUCUGUGGAAAAUGUCACGCCUGCAGAUCCUGCCAACCCCGACUCGAUUGAACAAGUCACAUCAGAGGCUGGUGGUGUAUGGUACCCCAACUCGGCCUUCAAGACCGCACAGGCCAUCAACGAUUUCAACCAUGGUGAACAGCUGCCACUGAUGAUUCUUGCCAAUUGGCGUGGUUUCUCUGGUGGUCAGCGUGACAUGUACAACGAGGUACUCAAGUAUGGAUCGUACAUUGUCGAUGCUCUUGUCAAGUUUGAGCAGCCCGUCUUUGUCUACAUUCCUCCAUAUGGCGAGCUUCGUGGUGGGUCUUGGGUCGUGGUGGAUCCUACGAUCAACCCUGAGUACAUGGAGAUGUAUGCCGACGAGGACUCUCGCGGUGGUGUUCUGGAGCCUGAAGGUCUGGUGGGUAUCAAGUACCGCAAGGAACGCCAAUUGGAGACCAUGGCCCGUAACGACCCGACGUACGGGGCCCUGAAGCGGAAGCUUAACGAUCCUUCCACACCACAGGACCAGCUUCAGAGCAUCAAGGCGGAGAUGACCCAGCGUGAGAAGCUUCUCCUUCCCGUGUACGGCCAGAUUGCCCUCCAGUUUGCCGAUCUACACGACCGCGCCGGACGCAUGCAAGCCAAGGGCGUUAUCCGCCAAGCACUCCGCUGGCAAAAUGCCCGCCGCUUCUUCUACUGGCGUCUCCGCCGCCGUCUGAACGAGGAGUACAUUCUUAAGAAGUUUGCCGGUGCCGCCCAGCCGUCGCACACAAUCGCACAGCCCACACCGGCGACACGUACACGCGGUCUUGAUAUGCUCAAGCACCUAUGCAACAUGCCCAAUUGGGAGACGGACGACAUGGGCGCGACCAUGUGGUAUGAAGGCAAUCGACAAGUAGUGGCCGACAAGCUCGAGCAGCUCAAGAAAGAGGGCAUUGCCAUGGAAAUUGCUCAACUGAUGAAUCAAGAUCGCGAGGGAGGUCUCAAGGGCGUCAUGGCUAUGCUGAGCACCCUGCCGACGAGCGAGAAGGAGGAGGUGCUGAAGCUGUUGAACAAGGCGUAA